AAAACUUCUUAAUUGGUUUCGGAAGAAUAGCGUCUGCUGUAAGGAAUUUUUUGUUGUGGUUGUGACGCUGUUUGACCUCACUGCAUUCAUUCCUAAAAGGGUAAUCAAAACUUUUAUAGGGGAUUUCCUUUUUUGGUUUUGCUCUAGUUAUUGUAAUAUCAACUUUCAUUAUAACUCACAUUUUCUGUAUAUUAUUUACGAGCUACCAUAGAGACGAUCAAACCUGAAUUUUUAUAUUUGCUUGAUAAUCUUCUAUCCUGUUUUAAAAAUUCAUUAAAAAGAAAACAUGUCAAGUCGUAAAGCAAAAGGCAGAAGUACUACAAAACGAAGAGCUCAGCGAGCAACUUCCAAUGUUUUUGCGAUAUUUGAUCAAGCUCAAAUUCAAGAGUUUAAGGAAGCUUUUAACAUGAUUGAUCAGAACCGUGAUGGUUUUAUUGACAAAGAGGACUUGCAUGAUACUCUGGCAUCCUUAGGAAAAAAUCCUGCAGAUGAUUUUUUGGAAGGGAUGAUGAAUGAAGCUCCAGGUCCCAUCAACUUCACAAUGUUUCUUACUCUAUUUGGAGAACGUCUCCAGGGAACUGAUCCUGAAGAUGUUAUCAAAAAUGCAUUUGCUUGUUUUGAUGAGGAUAAUAAUGGCAUUCUUCAUGAAGACAAAUUAAGAGAGCUUUUAUCUACCAUGGGGGAAAGAUUUUCUGAAGAAGACAUUGAUGAAAUGUAUCGAGAAGCACCAAUUGACAAAAAUGGGAUGUUUAACUACCUGGAAUUCACCCGCAUUUUAAAACAUGGUGCUAAAGAAAAAGAUGAGGAUUAAGUCACCAUUCUUGAGAACCGAUUCUUUACUGCAUUUAAUUUAUACUUUUGUACAAUUUUCUAUGCAAUUUAAAUUUAUACUAGAUUUUAUUACAUUUUAAGAAUCUCAAGCAGAUAAUAUUUGUCUUGUUACAAAAUUUUUUAGUGGCAAUAUAAAGCUGUUGUUAUAUUUAAUAAAUUUUUAUAGCUUAUAA